GCUGUCGCUUCCUGUCCGAGCCCAGGUCGCCGCUGCCCCUGGUGCCCAAGCCGUGGCCUCUGUUGGGCGACGAUCCCAGGGCCUGCGGGGCUGGGCGCUGUCCGGUCGGGCCGCCACGCAGCGGGCGCGGGGCUGUGCGGGCGGAGUCUGGAGCGGGGACCCGGAGGCGACCCGGAGCCCGCGGGCCAGGCCCGAGGAGCUGGGCGGCGGCGGGGUCGGGCCCGGCCCGUCGGCAUCGCGGCGCCCGGCCGAGGCGCGCGGGGCGGUGAGGCCCCGGCAGGGACGUUCUCCUGAGUGAGUGUGUCCCGUAGGCCCAGAGCCGGCUCCUCGGGGACGCGGCUUGGGAGGCGCAGAGGCGGGGGCCCCGGGAGCCUGGGGGCGGGUCAGCGAGUCCCGACGGGCGGUCGUGCGCUGGCGGCCGCGGCAGUUCUGGGUCCUCCCGGCCGCGGUGAGCAGGGCUGGGGACUCGCCCCGGGCGAGGACACGGGAGUCUGCGGCCGGGAGCGUGGACCGCUUCCCGGGGACCCGCGUGUCAGAGGCGGAGGGUCAGGCUGCCGGGAGCGGGCGCCGCCCCGGACCGGGGACCUCCCUGUCUCCUGGGGGCCUCGGGGGUCCCAGCCUGGGUUCGAGGUGCCCCUGCUCCCUGCACCCCCAACACCCCUUCCUCCGCCCCGCCCUCCCCAGGUUCCAGACGUCUCUAAACGUCCCCCAGGACCUAGUUCACCGCCUAGGCGUGUGCCCACUCCCCUCGGAGCUGCCUGUGCCGUCUGGUGCCGCGGUUCGAUGAGCCCGCAGGGGGCGCCCUGCUCCUCGGUGACAGCGGAAGAGACUGGGCCUGAGAAGGGCGGGACAUGCCCGGGUGUCCGCCUGAGGGUGGGAUCGUGAACAGGACUCAGGCUCCCAGGCCAAGCGUUGAGCCCUGAAUUAUACUUAACCUCUGGUUUCACAGUCCUCGUUUUUCCAAGAGCAGCAGAAAAUGAAUAAAUCUCUGGAGCCAGUGUCAUUCAGGGACGUGGCCGUGGACUUCACCCAGGAGGAGUGGCAGCAGCUGGGCCCGGAGCAGAAGACCACCUACAGGGACGUGAUGCUGGAGAACUACAGCCACCUCGUCUCCGUGGGGUGUCACCUUGUCAAACCGGAAGUGAUCAUCAAGCUGGAGCAAGGAGAAGAGCCCUGGAGAGUAGGAGAAGUCCUACUUCACAGUCGCCCAGAAGCCUGGAAAGUCGACCUGAUAGAGAGAGUCCAGGAAAGUGAAGACAAACAUUCCAGGCAAACUCUAUCCAUCAACAACAAAACCCUGAUUGAAGAGAGGGGUGAUGUUCUUGGUAAGACUUUUAAUGUGGAAACAAACCCUGUUCCUUCAAGAAAAGUAUCCCAUAAAUGUUACUCUUGUGAAAAGAGUCUAAAAUCCACUUCCGAAUAUAUCAGUAGUGACGGAAGUUAUGCAAGAAUGAAGCCUGAUGAAUGUAGUGCCUGUGGGAAAUCACUUCUCCAUGUGAAGCUUGAGAAAACUCACCCAGGGGAGAAAUCUUAUGAAUUUAAUCAAAAUGGGGAAGCUUAUACUCUAAAUAAAGAAAGUAUUUAUCAGAACAUUCAUAUUUUGGAGAAACCCUUUGAAUAUAUUGAAUGCCAGAAAGCCUUUCAAAAGGAUGCAGUUUUUGUUAAUCCUAUGGAGGAGAAGCCCUACAAGUGGAAUGAAUCUGAAAUAGCCUUUAUCCAGAUGUCAAACCUCAGUGUACAUCCAACAUCUCAUAUGGAAAUGAAACCCUAUGAAUGCAAUGCAUGUGGGAAAUCCUUCUGUAAAAAGUCAAAAUUCAUUAUACAUCAGAGGACUCACACAGGAGAGAAACCUUACGCAUGUAAUCAGUGUGGGAAAUCCUUCUGCCAAAAGGGAACCCUCACUGUACAUCAGAGAACACACACAGGGGAGAAGCCCUAUGAAUGUAAUGAAUGUGGGAAAACUUUCUACCAGAAGUUACACCUCAUUCAACAUCAGAGAACUCACUCAGGAGAGAAGCCCUAUGAAUGUAGUUAUUGUGGAAAAUCAUUUUGCCAGAAGACGCACCUCACCCAACACCAGAGAACACAUUCAGGAGAGAGACCCUAUGUUUGUCAUGACUGUGGAAAAACCUUCUCCCAGAAGUCAGCACUUAAUGACCAUCAUAAAAUUCACACAGGCGUGAAACUCUAUAAGUGUAAUGAAUGUGGGAAAUGCUUCUGCCGCAAAUCUACCCUCACAACACAUCAGAGGACACACACAGGAGAAAAACCCUAUGAAUGUAACGAAUGUGGAAAGUUUUUCUCUCGGUUAUCAUAUCUCACUGUACAUUAUAGAACUCAUUCAGGAGAGAAACCCUAUGAAUGUAAUGAAUGUGGGAAAACCUUCUACCUGAAUUCAGCCCUCAUGAGACAUCAGAGAGUACACACCGGAGAGAAACCAUAUGAAUGUAAUGAAUGUGGAAAAUUAUUCUCCCAGUUGUCAUACCUCACUAUACAUCAUAGAACUCAUUCAGGAGUGAAACCCUAUGAAUGCAAUGAAUGUGGGAAAACCUUCUACCAGAAUUCAGCCCUUUGUAGACAUCGAAGAAUACAUAAAGGGGAGAAGCCCUAUGAAUGUUAUAUAUGUGGGAAGUUUUUCUCUCAGAUGUCAUACCUCACGAUACAUCAUAGAAUCCAUUCAGGAGAGAAACCUUACGAAUGUAAUGAAUGUGGGAAAACCUUUUGUCAGAAUUCAGCCCUUAAUCGACAUCAGAGAACGCACACUGGAGAGAAAGCCUAUGAAUGUUACGAGUGCGGAAAAUUCUUCUCUCAGAUGUCAUAUCUCACCAUACAUCAUAGAAUUCAUUCCGGAGAGAAACCCUUUGAAUGUAAUGAAUGUGGAAAGGCCUUCUCGCGAAUGUCUUACCUUACUGUACAUUACAGAACUCAUUCAGGAGAGAAACCCUAUGAAUGUAAUGAAUGUGGGAAAAAAUUCUACUACAGAUCAGCCUUCAAUAGCCAUCAGAGGAUCCACAGGCGAGGGAAUAUGAAUGCGCUUGAUGUGGGAAGGCUUCUCUGAAGUCAGACCUCAUUUUACAUCAGAGAACCAUUUCAGUGUAAUGUAUGUAACUCCUACCUUUGCUAAGUCAGAGUUCACACAGGGGAAAGUGGACCGACCUCUGUGCAUUACUCACACUUGUAAUCCGAGAAUUCACAGGGUGGAAACCCCAAGUACAACAAGACACACGACUUGGAUACCAGACUGUAAAAUGUGUGAACACCUAGAAUGUAUAUAUACUUCCAUGGAGUCAGACUGUUUCAUAUAUCAGGGAAUUCAUUCCAAGGGGGAGAUCUGUCAUUUUACAGAAUGUGGAAAACACUUCUCUAGAAAUUAUUAAUACUAAAAGUUACGUUUCUGAUAUAAUAUCAAGUUUUUUGUAAUAUAUAUAUUGUGGAUACAUGUACUCCUUGUGUAAAUAGAAGCUGCAAGGCUAGAUAGCUGAUCAGGACCACAUUAAACUCAUACAUGAGUGUGUCCUGAGCAUGUAGGUCUUUGUUAACUUGCUUUUUAGAAUGGUACAUUACAGGGAUUGUAUCUUCAUUUGGAAUCAUGUUUGAAAAGGCAGUGUAUUCUUAUUGGAAUAAUUUUUUGACAUAUGUAGGAUUAACCACUUUAAUAGUACAGCCAUGUUAGUACUUAGUAUGCAUUGCCAUUGAACUAAUAUUUGGUAUAUAUAAAGUAUGUUUCUUCUUGUACUCUUUCCUAGCACUUACAAAUGUAUUUGAUUAUUGUUAAUGAACUAAAUAACUAAACACUGCCGCCAAAAUGAAGUCAGUGUUUUUUAUAAUGUUCACAACUAUAUCUGAGUCAGCAAGAGAUAGAAAAUGAUGUAUAAAAUAGAUAGAAAGCUGCAUAGAUAAUUUUAAAUUGUUAAUGCCAGAAGUCACAAGUAGUGAGAAAAACUGUAGUAUUCAUUGAACUCUAUACAUUUUAAAACUGAACUUAAAAUAUUCCUGUUUUUAUCUAAUUUCUCAUCUAUUUUUAUUUGGAUGCCUACACAAAUGUAAAUGUGCAAACCACCAUACUAUGUAAUUUAGGAAUUAUGUGUAUUUUUGAUAUGAUAGUAUUUUUAAACAUUGUGCUCUACUCCUUCCUGUUCCCGACUGAGGAACAUGUUCACGUGGGUUUGUGCAGACAUUGUUGAGUAACCACCCUCGCCACUUGCUCCUUACUGUUUGCUGGCAGAGUUUGGGUAUCCAUGGAAUGCGGGUAAAUCUUGAUCAUUUUCAGCCAGUAAUGACAAUCCCUUUCUCAUUACCAGCAAUGGGAUGGUCUUGGGACCCAAUUCUAGACAUAUAUACAAAGCAGAUACCAAACACGUUCUUUUUGGAAAAGGUUUCCUCAAAUAUUCAAGGAAUCCUGAGGUUGACGUGGAAUCUUGUAUUAAACGUUGCCUUGCUGGGAAGUGAUGCUUGGUUAUGUCUCAACAAUGACGUAUAACUAAAGUGUGGCAGAGCAGAAAGACGAAGAACUGGGGCCCAGAAGGGGAUUCUGAGCCACUGGACCAGCCAUCCAUGGAGCCACUUCGCCUCAGGACUGUUCUUCUGUGAAAGACUCAAUAUCUUCUCCAGCCAGUGGAUUUGGGGUUGCUCUUUUAUUGAUAAAGAUACAAAGUGACACUUCUGUAGGAGUCACACAACUGACAAGUGGACUUUAGGUAAAUCAUUUAUUUUGAGGUGUUGAUAUAGAGAUUUAUCUUAUUUUCUGUAAAGUUUGAUGUAAGUAGGUUGAGCAUUAGAAACAAUUAAGUGUAUCUGUUUCCAUGAAUCGUUAAUCACCAACUUAAGGAUCUUUGGAACCUGAUAUAAUCUUUCUUUUUAUAAUGCAUGGCAUAAAGUUUGUUUAGGUUCAUUCAUAUUAUUCAUAGAUUGUUGCUGCACUGUUAGUUGACAACAUAUGGUAUAAGGUAAGAACCUACUUUUGUUGCCAGUGGUUAGCCUGAUGCCUGUGUUUUUUGAAUAAUUUAUUCCUCACCAUUGAGAAUGAAUGGCCACAUUUUUUCAUUAUUUCCACCACUCAUGGCACCUGUUCUGUAGCUCAGCACUUUUCCCUCUGUGUUCUUCUAGGACGGUGAUUGUGACUGUGCCACAUAACAGGACUCAAAGGUCUGGUAGGUUGUAGAGUUCUGUGUAAGAACCAUGUAUUCAGUUCAAGAGGCCACCCCUUCAGUAUAUUUGUUGAAAUGCUAUCUACCAAGGUUUCCACACUCAUGUGUCAUCAUUAUAGCUUCAAUACACAGUAUGCAUUUUAAGUAAAAUAUUUGAAAAGUUUA